AAGAAGAAAAGGAAAGAAAGGAAAAAGAAAGGAAAAGAGAUUUUAAGGAAGGGAUAUAUAUGUUUUCAAGUCAAUAUUUUUGAAUUGGAGAUGCUAUUUACACUAAGGCGGUAACGUGAAAGCUGGGCAAGGCUGGUAAAAUUGAAUCAGAUUGCUAUUCAUAGAUCUACAGAUAGUAGCUGAGUUGAGCACUACUGGGCCAGUUGAUCUAUCGAGUUGAACUAUAAAUUGUCAAGCAUUGUAUGACUCAUCUUAUCAGUGUAAUAGCUCAUAUUUUGGAAUAGACAGCUCUUUUGGUCAGAAAUUAGUUCCAUGUUUUGGGCCUGCUAUGUUUUGUAUAUAUUAUGCAUUUUGGGUACCGUGGUUUAUAAAUUGUUGCGAAUGUCAAAUUGUCAGUGUUGUAUUUGAAUAGUUGAUUUUCUGUGAGCCAGUGUACCCUAUUUUAAACUAUAUGUAUCUGUUUGGGAUAUUGAAUUAUAUAUUUCAAGUGGUUUUAGUCUAUAAUUCAGGGGGAAAUCUGCCAAAAUUUUUACAAAGCACAUCAUAGUCAAUACAAGUCAAUGUUGCCUUGAUGGUGGGUCCGGCACUUAACUGGUAUCUAUCAUCGGCGCACAACACGUGUCGAGUUUAUUAGGAUGAUUCGGGACGGGUCGUGUCAUUUACAUUGCAAGACUACUUUUUAUUUUUAUUUUUUUUCCUUGAAAAGUUCACUGGAGUACUAGCUACGGUAAACUGAGUCAUCUCAGAUAUUGUAGGAUUCAUAUUUUUUUCUUCAAUAUCGCAAUGUCUGUGAACUUUGCUAAAGUCAACUUUAUUUGCUAAUCAGAAUGUCAUCUCCUGCAAUUUUUAUGGUAUAUGAAUUUGUCAAAGAAAGGGACGCGUGUCCAUUGCCUGGUCUUGUAUUAGUAUAAAUAAUUUAAAUAAUUCGUUAUUUUACUUUGUAAACUUCUGGGCAACUUCAAUUAAUUGUUUUGAACAUUCGGUUAACUGCAAAGAUGUCUCGAAUAAUGAGAAGUCAAUGACUUACUUGGAAUUGAAGAAAGGCAUGCAUGUUCGUAUCUCCAAUAACGUGUUUGAAUCUAGAAUCUGAAUAUAUGUUAUCCUAUUUAACUUCGUCAAGCUUAAAGUAAUUACAUAUGGAAAAAAGAACUUUGCAUAGAAAAAUGUCUCCUCUUCUAUACUUCCUACUCAUAUUCUCUGCAGGAUUCAUGCAAGCAGAAGCAAAAGAAAAUAAGAAAAGAUGCAAUUGUCCAGGAGAUUGUCCUCACAUAUUUGGCAGGAUAGGGAGUGUAAUUGAUCAAAGUUCUCGUGUCGGAAAGGAGCAGAAAAUUGCCAUUCAAAUGGCUGUCGAUGACUAUACUCGGUGGUUAAAUUGUUCAAAGCUGGAUUUGCACAUUAAAGAUUCAAAUGGAAAGUUUGCUCGAGCAGCUUCCACUGCAAUUGACCUUGUUAAGAAAGAAAAUGCACAAGCAAUUAUUGCAGCAUUAACAUUGGAAGAAGCCACUUUUCUCUCAGAAUUUGAAGAAGUCAGCACUACUCCCAUAAUCACCAUUGGCUCAGCAGCCAUUUCUCCAUCACAACUAUUUCUUCAACCAUCAUCUGUUUCCCAGAUGAAUAAUGAUAUCUCGAUUCGAAUGCAAUGCGCUGCAGCAAUUAUAGGAUAUUUCAGGUGGCGAAGAGUCACAGUCAUCUAUGAACAAAGCAACAGCUUUUACUCGGAUUCUAGACUAAAAACACAACUUUCUGAGUCACUAAAAGCCUUCAAUUCUUUUGUUGAAUUUGAUCUAGCUUUUCCUUCCCUAACCUCUUUACGAGAACCCGAAGCCUUCAUCCAAGAAGAGUUGAAGAAACUCAAAACCAAAAGAAAUGGGAUUUUUUUACUAAUGCAGUCAUCUUUGGAGUUCUCUACAAUUCUUUUUGAGAAGGCAAAGAAAAUGGGACUCAUGGAAAAAGGUUAUGCGUGGAUUCUGUUCGAAGAUGUUGUUAGUCUUCUCGAUUCCCUUGAGCCAUCUUCUAUAAGAAAUAUGCAAGGGGUCAUUGGAUUUAAGACGAAUUUUGUAGACAAGAGCAAAAAUUUCCAAGAUUUUAAAUUCAGGUUUCGAAAAACGUUCCAGUCAUCAUAUCCUGAAGAAGAAUAUCCAAAUCCAAGCAUGUACGCUCUUCAAGCAUAUGAUGCUACAGCGGUCAUUGCAAAAUUCUUGCAAAAUUCAAAAGGAAAAAUGAACUCAAGUGCAUUUAUAAAGUAUAUUUCCUCUAGUAAUUUUGAAGGUCUUAUUGGAAAAAUCAGCUUCAAGAACCAGAAAACAUCACAAAAUACGACCUUUCAGAUCAUUAACGUGAUUGGGAAAAGUUAUAGACAGGUAGCAUUGUGGUCACCAGAGCAUGGCUUCUCAAGAGAUUUCAUAGAUCAUAAGAGAAAGGGUACCAGGAGAAAGGGAAAAAAAUGUAAGGAAUUGGCAUCAAUUUACUGGCCAGGAGGUGAACAAACGGUUCCACAGGAAUCCGAAUUGAAAAUCGGAGUACCUGCUAUGGCUGCUUUCCAUCAGUUUGUGCACGUGAGCCAUGACCAAGUAACAAACCAAACAUUCUUCAGCGGAUUUUCCCUUGAAGUUUUUGAAGCCGCAAUUAAGCUGCUUCUGUAUCGUUUGCCCCAUGUUUUCGUUCCAUUUAAUGGCACCUACGAUGAACUGGUUAUUGCAGUUUAUAAUAAGACUUUGGAUGCCGCAGUUGGUGACAUGAAUAUAUUGGAAAAUCGAUAUCGUUAUGCUGAUUUUUCGCUACCCUACUUGGACAAUCAAGUUGUUAUGGUAGUACCUGCACAUAAAGAUUUGAAACGGCAAGGAUUCAUUGUGGUGGAGGCCUUUGAAUGGAAAUUAUGGGCGGUUCUGGCAGCAUUGAGCCAAUGCACGGCAGCCAUUAUUUAUUUCAAUGAGAAGGUGAACGGCAAUACAGAGUUCGCAGAUUCGUUUCCUGAGAUGAUUGGCUCCAUACUUUGGCUUUCUAUCACUGUUCUAUCAUUUGCACAUAGAGAAUCUAUCAGAAAUAAUCUAUCUCGAUUGACGCUUGCAAUAUGGUUGUGUGUGAUUGUGGUUGUAACAGCAUCUUAUACUGCAGUUCUGAGUUCUAUGAUGACAGUUCCAAGGUUGAAACCAUCUAUAGUAGAUAUUGACUAUCUUAAGAAUUCUAAUGCAACUGUUGGAUGCAACGGAAAGGGUUUCGUUGUGAAGUAUCUCCUCGAAACUUUGAAAUUCAAUCGAGCAAACAUUAAAAAAAUUGCUUCUAUCAGUGACUACCCGGAAGCAUUUGAAAAGGGGCAGAUUUCCGCAGCAUUCUUGAUUAGUCCACAUGCCAAAGUGUUCGUUGCAAAAAAUAAACGCUACGUUGUGGCAAAACCUAGCUUCGAAGUUGGAGGCCUUGCUUUUGUAUUCCCGAAGGGUUCGUCUUUGACUGAUGAUAUAUCACAAGCAAUUCUAAAUAUGAAAGAAAAUGGAGCAAUAAAUCAAAUGGAAGAGCGCAUUCUUUCCUUGCCAACUCGCACCUCAUCAAGCGAACCAGACGACAAGCUGAGUUUAGGCCUUGAGCAUUUUUCCGGUCCGCUAAUGGUUACAAGUGCUAUUGACGCAAUUGUGUUAUGUGUCAUAAUUAUUCGUGUAAUACAUAAAGGAUGGUCGAGUGAUGGUUAUAUACAUUCAUGGCUGAUGCAUAGAAGGAUUUGGUGGUGGGUGUCAUUUCUUUUCGCUAAAAGCCAUGUAAGAUUUGGCUCAAGAUUCUUUAGGCCACCCAUCGUUAUGAGGCAAAAUAAUCAAAUCCAUAUUGUCCAACAGUAAGGGAAAAUCGAGGGGGUUAAUAGCAAACAAAAAGCAUGAUCUAACCAUGUCUGUACAUUCGUUUUUCCCAGAUGUCGUAUAGAAAGACAGAGCUUUCAAUGUAAUUAUUUCAUUUGGGUCUCCAAUUUGAGCUUCGUAUGCACUAUGACUAUGGUUUGAAAGUAUUCCAACAUCUAUGGGUUAGUAAAAGUUGAAACUGAGAGUUUA